AUGUUCUUCGACCUGAAUGUCCCUUACAGCCCCGAUGACCCGGAGGUGCCCCACACACUGAACUUCCUUGCUGAAAUCGGUUACACCACCGUUGCGCUUUCUCAAACAGUGAAUGGCAAGCUUCCGGCGACCCUGAACCCGCCUCCACUUCCGACAAAUGCGCCGAAAUCCCUCCAACUGCUGACCCGGCUGAACCUGACCCUGGCCGAUCCCGCGCAGAACCAACGCUUAGCUGCCCUGAGUCAAGCUUAUGAUAUUGUCGCUCUUCGUCCCACAAACGAGAAACUGCUUCUGAAUGCGUGCACCAAUUUGGAAUGCGACGUGAUCUCCGUUGAUCUCUCGGUGCGACUCCCAUACCAUUUCAAAUUCAAGAUGCUGUCCGCGGCUAUUGCACGUGGAGUUCGGAUUGAGAUUUGCUAUGGGCCUGGAGUCACAGGGAGUGGUCUUGAUGCGCGGAGAAACCUCAUCGGGAAUGCGACUUCCCUGAUCCGCGCAACACGCGGCCGAGGCAUCAUCGUGUCCAGCGAAGCACGACGAGCGUUAGGCCUGCGAGCCCCAUGGGACGUGAUCAAUCUUGCUUGUGUUUGGGGCCUAUCACAAGAGCGCGGCAAGGAGGCAAUCUGUGAAGAGGCGAGAAAGGUGACCGCAUUGGCCAAGUUGAAGCGGACCAGUUGGCGAGGCAUCGUGGACGUUGUCCACGGCGGCGAGAAGCCCAAACCUGCGGAACCGACCCAGAAGGCAAAGGCUGCACCAAAAGUCUCGGCGCCGAGACCAGAGAAGCCCGCUCAAGACGAUAAUGCGGCAGACAACCUUAAGAGAAAAGCUUCCAUCAGCUCUGAGCCCGUUGCCGAGGACCCCGACAAGCCUCUUUCAAAAAGGGAAAUCAAAAGACGAGCCAAAAAGGCAAAGUUUGACGCCAAGGGGGAAAUUGCUACUUGA